AUGUCGGGACGUUUAAGCUCCCGAUUGGAUAACACCGUAACAGCUGGUUUACGUCAUGUGCCAGGCAUCAGCAGCUCAGGCGUUUGCAGUGUUGUCACUUCAGAUUAUAGAAUAGAUGAAUUGCAUGCCCCUAGUGUUGAAGUUCAUGUAGCUAUUCCAACGGGCUAUAAUAUAGUAUAUUCUAGCUCGUUGAGCUAUUCAGAUUACCUGUUGUACACCACUGCUAGCAAUGAGAAAAUUUCAUUGGAAUCAGAUACUAACAUACAAACAAAUGGUAAUAGCAGACUUGAUAUCCAGGAGCAACUAGAUGAGCUAUCCAAUGUGUCAGUAAAAGAAUUGAAAGAGACUUAUUGUAAUGAGGCAUCAAAAGCAUUUCAUAAAUCACAGACUUGUAAUGGGAUUGAGGAGAUUAUUACUGGAAUCUCUAUAGAAAAAUUGAAAUCGAGCUUCUCGAAGUUUGACCAAAUGAGUAAGAAGACUGUACUUCAUGUAAGAUCAGUUGAUACAUCUAAAGUUCAAAAACAGUUCAAUCAGACUGCAACAUCCUCUCCUGAAAUUGCCAGUAACUGCCGAGCAUGCGGAAAGCAAGUGUUUCAGAUGGAGCAAAUCAAAGCAGAACGUGCUAUGUGGCACAAGAAUUGCUUUAGAUGCAAAGAGUGCAAUAAACAGUUAACAGUUGAUAAUUAUAGCAGCAAUGAAGGAGUGUUAUUUUGUCAACCACAUUUCAAAGAACUAUUUAAACCAAAAGCUGUGGUAGAAGAUGAAACAGAACCACAUGUUUUGAGACGACCAAAAAUGAUCAUCUGUGAAAAUCAACCUAUUGAGUUACCACCGGAAGUGGUUAGAGCAUCAGACAAACCAGAUUUGGGAUUGGAUGAGCUAACAUCAUUAAAUGUUAAAUCACGAUACCAAGUUUUUGAGAAGACUGAUUCAGCAGAAGAUGGUCUUGAGAGAUCACCAAGUUCUGUCAGUGUAAAGAGAUCUCCUAGUAUCCUAAGCAAAUUGGCAAGAUUUCAAGCAAAGGGUAUGGAUAUUGGUAUAACAGAUGAAGCUAUAAACAAUAUUCCAUAUGAGGAAUCGUCAACAUCAAGUGAAGAAGAACCUGAAAAUGAAAAUGAAGAUGGAGAAAAGGGUGUCAUACGUGCCAACAGAAAACAGAGAGAGAGACCUAUGAGCUUUAACAAAAUGGGUGAUAUUAAGUGCCGUUGGGAAACUGGUCAGACUAGCAAGGACGAAAGACGAGAAGAAAGAAAGCAAGAAAUACAAAAUAUCCGUUCCCGUUUGUUUAUGGGAAAACAAGGUAAAAUGAAGGAAAUGUAUGAGCAAGCUGUUCAAGAUAGUGAACGUGGUUUGCAGAAGAAGGAUAUUGAUAUUCGUUCUGAGAAAGCAAAGAGCAUCAAAGAGAGAUUUGAAAGAGGUGAAGUUCUACCAGAUGAUGAUGAAGAUGAAGAUGCCAAAACUAAAGCUAAGAAAUGUACAGAUGAUGAUCUUGGUGUUUUUGAAGAAGGAAUAUCCAAAAAAUCUCGCAGUUUGUUUCUGGAAUUGGAUUCUAAAGCUAAUCAAGCUCCUCCAGUUAUGUCUCCUCUGAAAUCACCCACACCAAGAGAGGAAGUCAGGAAAACCAAACAGAUCUCCCCUCAAAUUUCCAAAGACAUAGUGAGAGCAAGUGAUGCUGUUGAAGAUGUUAAAGUAGAAACAUCAGAAGUUUUCAACAAAUUCAAAUUCUUUGAGACCUAUAAAGAGCCUGAGCGAGAGAAAAAGCAAUUUCGUAUUACACCUCCUCGAGAUGGACAAGUGAAGGAAACCUCUCCUGAAACAGAAAUUUACAGAGACCCAGAUGUUGUCCGCAGUGAAGACAAAGUUGAAGAUGAAAUCAAACGAACUAAGACCACCAGCAAAAUGUUGUCACUCUUCCGUCAAAUGGAAGAAAAUGCUUCAAAAGAUGAUGUUCCAGAAGGUCCUAAACCUCUGAAAAGAUUCACACCACCUCCUGAUUAUACACAUGAAUCAGGAAACUCAGAAGAGGAGGAAGAGUCAGAUGAAGAGGAGGAAGAGGAAGAAGAGGAGGAGGAAGAGGACCAACAAGAUGGAAACCCCAACAUUGUCAGAGCUUCUGAUAAAGUGGAGGAUGAAUUUUUAAAACAAGCCGCAACAGCUGCACGAGCAAAAGCUCUGAGAGCUAAAUUUGAACGAUGGGAGGAGAAAGAGAACAAACUAAAUAGUUCCAGCAGUGGUGUUAAUCUAGACUUCGAUCAGGCAGACCAACCAAGCAUUGACUCGACGAAGUCCCUACGUGCAAAGUUUGAGUCCCUUAAAAAUGAAGCGGAACAACCAAAGGAGAGAAAUCGACCUAAAGUAAAUCGCUUUGUGGAAAUACAGGCUGCUAACAUUCCACUUUGCUUCACGUGUAAUGAAAAAGUUUAUCCAUUGGAGAAAGUAGAAACGAGUGGUAAAAUAUUUCAUAAGCAAUGCUUUAGAUGCCUCCAGUGCAAUUGUGUUUUGCGAAUGGAGACUUACACAUUUAAUAAUGAGAAACUGUAUUGCAUUCCUCAUUUUAAACAACUGUUUAUUGCCAAAGGAAAUUAUGAAGAAGGUUUUGGUUUUGAUCAGCAUAAACGAAAAUGGAAUAUGACCAAUCCUAGUAAUGAUAUAUUCAGUGAAUGAGUUGUGGCAAGUUCACAAGAAAAAGAUGUAUGGAAGCUGCAUUUCCCUUUCAAUGUGUUGGCUCCAUUGAAAGUUCAUCAUAUGUAAUUUGUUAAUGUGUGAAAGCAUGUGCAUGUGUAGGCAUGAGUGCUAGGCAAGAUUGAUUGUAUCUCAAGGAGUUUACAUCAUUUCAAGUGAAAAUACGUAUCUGGUAUGUGUAAAUAAUAGUUUUCUAGUGACAUUACACGAAGUAUUGAAUUAAGUCUUUGCACAAAUGUUAAAAAUUGAAUUAACAUAAUGUGAAAAAUUAUUUUCUUGUAUGUUCCAAUGCAUAGAAGCUUUUCAAAUUAAGUUACACGCUUUUAAGAGGCAUUUGGAAGCAGUUUUCAAUUACUUAAAAAAAAAAAAAUACUGUUUUGCUAUGAUUUACAUGAAGAGAAGCUGUUUACAUUCCACUUUUAACCACAAAGCAUAAGCAAAUGCAAGCAAACUUCAUAAAGCAAAUUAUCUACCAAUAUAUUUUUAUUUGAAUUAUUUUAUUCUGGUGUGAAUAAGUUGACUUUGUGGAUUUUUACACACAAAUAUUUACUUCAUUUUAUUUCAACUAAGUUCAAUUAUUUUGAGGGCUUCCAUAAUGCGUGAUCCAGAGAUAUUUUCAUAAAAUAAAUACUCACUUUUAUGAAAAUGUUACUGCAGUCUUAAUGUGUAACUUGCUUUGGUGUGAAUCCUCUUAUCAUAUUUCUUUUUUUGGAAAUAGAUUAAGGAGUGAUAAAUGAUCAGCAUUAGACCAUUAUUGAAGGUUUUGCAUGAAGUUACUAUCCAAUUUUUUUGCAUUGCUUUUUUGUGAAAUAGAAUUCAGUUUGUGCAGAAUUGUAUAGUGUUAUUAGAAUGUAAACAAACAACAAACAAAUAAAAUAGGUAUAAAUUAGAAGAAAACAGAUGGUGAGACAUUUGUGUAGUGUAUUUGCUGCAUCAAGAUUUGUGAUAGAUUUGUGAUACAUUUGAUGUGAUAAUUAUAUAUUGGCUUCAGUGCUCCUUAUAUUCUGUUCAAGCAGAUACUAGUAGGAAAAUAUCAAAUGCCUUUUAUUGUUGUUUGAACGGAUCAUGAAAUUCGGACAAGGAGAAAGUAAACAAGAAGUUCUACUAUGCGCAAGCUACAAUAAUAAAAUCUUCCAAUUUUUGUUUAUUGUAGGAUUUCAUAAGUGGUUGCUUUGCGAACAUAACUUUUUUUAAAAAAGUUGAAUGCAAUUUUGUAAUUAAAAGAAAAUGUGUUUAUUUUAAAAUCUUAAUUUGACUGCAAUCUUGUCUAUUAUUCAUCAAAAGUGAAAAUAAACUAAAUACAUCUUAUAUUUAUUUGGAAAUUUAACUUUGGUUGCACAACUUUUAUUUUUAUAUAUAAUCAACCACAAAUUUCUGGUCUGAAUGAAAACCUUCACAUCAGCCAAAUGUUGUUGAUAAUAAAUUGUGACAUCUCUUGAAAAGAAGAGGUAAUUGCUUUGAUAUGAAGUGUAAAAAAAUCUUGAUAAGAAUGUUAAUAGGUCCUCUUUUGCAAUUAAAUUGUUCUUCACUUCCUACAGUUGACAUUUGCUUAUUUUGGAAGAUUAUUAAAUGAACAAAGAAGGAAAUUUUCUCAUUACAAUGGAAAUUUUCUAUUGUUUCAUAUUUUGUGCAACUAAAAGUAUCAGUGAAAUUAUAAUAUGAUAGUACUAGUGAAAUUUCCCAAAAUUCUGAAAUGAGAUUGAAUUCUUAUGUUUUAAAAAUCUUAUAAAUAUAAUAAACUUGUAAUAAAUUUAUAGUUCAUUGCGAUUGGAAGUUAUUUCACAACAGAACUAUCACAUGUAGCAGCACAGAAGUUCAAUAAAAUGUUAAAAUAUUAUUGUAAUACAAGAAGUUUGAAAAUUUAUGUGCAAUACCAUAGAUAUUGAUGAAGAUACAUUUCAACUGCUCCAUAAUGAAGGAUAAUUCCUAUGCUGAGACUAUUAUUCCAUGAAGUAAACGAAAUAUUUUAUAGAAACUUAUCAUAAGAAAUAUAAUGUGCAAAUGAAUUGUAUUUAUUACAUAUACAUAGACAAUAGUGCAUAUAUGUGUUAUGGAAAUGAAGCGAGUAAGGUCUCAUUCAUAAAACAAGUUCUUAGGAACUGGAUAUGUAAGUAAGAAAAUUAUAGUAUAUGUAUAUUGUUCAAUUUAUUUUAUAUUGUAUAUUAUUUUAAUGUUAAAUGAAUAUAGUUAUGAGAUACUGGAAUGUGUUGUGUGUGUGGUUGCUAUAAAGAACCAGUUACUUAUGCAAUAGUUAAUUUCAAUCAUAACUGCUUAAUGCAUUUAAUUAUUUUAUGCUGUUUAUGGUAUGUAAGAGAAGAAAUGUGAUGUGUAUUGAAGAUAUAUGACUACAAUUUAUUCUGUGAUUAAAUUUUGAAGUACUGAAUCAUGUUAUGCUGUACUUGACUUCUAAAAUAGUUGAAAUUUUUCAAAAGUGUGAUCGCAUUUUCAGGACUUAUUCAUUCAUAUUAAAAUUGAAUGAAAAUAAUAAAUGGGAUUGAGAUGUAAGAACUCGGAGUGGAUGCAUUGCUAUAUUUUACUUAAAAAUGAAGUUUAAACUUCUUAUAUUGGCUGUAAUUUAAAGCAUUUAUUGCUAUUUAUAAAAAUUAAAAGCCUGUCUUGUAUAUAUGUAUUACCAUUCUUAAAGAAAAUAAAAAGAGAGAAAAAAACACAAACCUUAA